AUCCCACUCUCCAUGUCUCUAAAACCAACCAAUCACCGCCACUAUCCCCUCUUCUUCACCAACUUACGCACCUUGCGUACCUCAGUCCCCCACCAUCUAAAAUGCGCCGCCAUUUCCCUCUGCUUCGCUCUCUCUUUCCUUCCUUUUCGUCAUCCUUUUUACUUUUUCAAUCUUUAACCAGUUCUCGGUGUCUCCAUUGCUCCAUCUCUUUCACAAUUCGCACGCACUGGUUUCUAUUUGCUUAGUGACAACUUUUUCUGUGGGUUAUUAUUAUAAAAUUAUUAUGAUAAUAGUUUUUUUAGUGGUAAAGAACUACUAGGAGUGCCUGAUACUGUAAUCAUUUUUUAAUCUCACUCUUCAUUUUGUUUCGUUUUGUUUUUGUUUUUGGUUUUUUUAAAUAUUUUUGUAACGGUUCUUGAAAGCAGUAGAUCGGGAACUUGCUAUUGGCCUUGUGUUUCUGCAAAUAUUUAAAAAAAUUUCAGUUACAUUUUAUUUUCAGAUUCUCAUUGCGAAAAACUAGCGGGUUUUGCUGGGAUUUGUCCAGUUUCGAAUUUUUCCCCUCCGCUAAACCCGUCAUUUACUGUGUAUAUACGUCAGUAGAUAAGGUUUGAAUUUGAUUGAAUUCUGUUAAACCAGUUCGUUUAUUCAUAGAUUCUCUGGCGAUGCUUGUAAAUUCUCUGGAGCAAGUCAAAAUUUCAAGAAAUUAUGAUUCGAAAGUUCCAAUUCUUGAGAAAUGUGGAGUGACUUCUGGAGGCAGGGGAACAUGAACUGGCGUUCAGAGUCCUUGUGAUGCUUCACAGUCACAGAUAAUCGAUCCUAAAUGAAUUUGCUCAUGAUUUCGAGAUCUGUGUUUGCCUCCAUUUGUUUUUUUCAGUGAUGGGUUGUGUCUACUCGAGAGCUUGUAUUGGUGAGAUUUGUGCAACUAGAGAAGCGAGAAUCAAAGAACCCGAAACUGCUACGAGAACGACAGCAGCAGGGACAGAGUUGGGCGUGUUCUCUCCUACAUCAUCAGAUGGACCAGAAGCGGAAAUCAGGGACCAAAUCAACCAAUUAAGUUUAACUAGAGACCCUGAAUUGGCCAUCACCAGACUUUCUAGGGUUUCUUCUCAGUUUCUUCCACCGGACGGGUCAAGAACAGUGACGGUGCCAUCAGGAAACUAUAAACUGCGGUACUCUUACUUGUCUCAAAGAGGGUACUAUCCAGAUGCUCUAGAUAAAGCCAAUCAGGAUAGUUUUUGUAUUCACACACCGUUUGGGUCUAACCCGGAUGAUAAUUUCUUUGGGGUAUUUGACGGACAUGGAGAAUUUGGUGCUCCGUGCUCACAGUUUGUUAAGAGAAAGCUAUGUGAGAAUCUACUUAGGAAUAGUAAAUUUCAUGUGGAUGCCGUUGAGGCCUGCAACUCUGGCUUUUUGACGACGAAUUCUCAGCUGCAUGAUGAUACUUUGGAUGAUAGCAUGAGCGGAACGACUGCAAUCACGGUUUUGGUUAGAGGUAGGACGAUAUACGUUGCAAAUUCUGGUGAUUCCAGGGCUGUUAUAGCUGAGAGGAGAGGAGAAGAGCUUGUAGCGGUUGAUUUAUCCAUCGAUCAGACACCGUUUCGAGCAGACGAGCUUGAACGGGUAAAGCUAUGUGGGGCCCGAGUGCUUACCUUGGAUCAGAUUGAGGGGCUGAAGAAUCCUAAUGUGCAGUGUUGGGGAACUGAGGAGGGUGAUGAUGGUGAUCCUCCUAGGCUCUGGGUGCCUCAUGGGAUGUAUCCAGGCACAGCUUUUACAAGGAGUAUUGGUGAUUCGAUUGCUGAGACUAUUGGGGUUGUGGCUAAUCCGGAGAUUGUCGUUUUAGAGCUGACGGCAAACCAUCACUUCUUUGUACUUGCUAGCGAUGGAGUCUUCGAGUUUCUCUCUAGCCAAACUGUGGUUGACAUGGUUGCAAAAUAUGAAGACCCACGUGAUGCUUGUGCUGCAAUUGUGGCUGAAUCUUACAGGCUGUGGCUACAGUAUGAAACUCGUACAGAUGAUAUUACUGUGAUAGUUGUGCAUAUCAAUGGGCUUACUGAUACUUCCGCUGGCCAAUUGACUGGUCAGGAUGCUGUCUUACGUCCUCCAGUUCCUCAAGUUGUAGAGGUCACUGGAUCAGAAUCUCCUUCGACCUUCAGCUGGAACCCUAAGAACCAGCGUGUCAGGCAUGAUUUAUCACGGGCUCGAAUUCGUGCUAUUGAGAGCUCGCUAGAAAAUGGGCAUCUUUGGGUUCCUUCAUCUCCAGCCCACAGGAAAACGUGGGAGGAAGAAGCACAAAUUCAGCAAGCAUUGGAUGGCCAUUUCCUCUUCAGAAAACUUACAGACUCCCAAAGUCAUGUUUUGUUAGAUUGCAUGCAAAGAGUUGAAGUUCAGCCAGGGGAUGUCGUUGUUAAACAGGGUGGUGAAGGUGACUGCUUUUAUGUUGUUGGAAAUGGAGAAUUCGAGGUCUUGGCAACCCAGGAAGAGAAGAACAGAGAGGUGCCUAGGGUCCUGCAGCGCUAUACAGCUGAGAAAUUAUCGUCCUUCGGCGAGCUGGCUCUGAUGUAUAACAAGCCACUGCAAGCAUCUGUACGUGCUGUCACAACUGGAACCUUGUGGGCUUUGAAAAGAGAAGAUUUUCGAGGAAUUUUGAUGUCAGAGUUUUCUAAUUUGUCAUCCUUGAAGAUGCUUAGAUCUGUGGAUCUUCUUUCAAGACUGACAAUCUUACAGCUAAGCCAUAUUGCAGAAUCUCUUUCUGAAGUUUCCUAUUCUGAUGGGCAGAUAAUAGUUGAUAGGAAUGAAGGGCUGGUUGCAUUGUAUAUCAUCCAAAAGGGGGCAGUGAGAAUCACUUUUGGUGCAGUCUUAUUAGGGAAUCCUAAAGUUUCCAGCCUUAAGUCUGACAAUCUUAAGGAGAAUGAUAAUUUGCAGAGUGAUUUAGAGUUCUCUCUGGAAAAGACAGAAGGAAGCCAUUUUGGUGAAUGGGUGCUUCUGGAUGAACCUCUGGGUUCUUUAAGUGCAGUCGCUGUGGGGGAUGUCAUAUGUUCAGUUUUAACAAAGGAGAAGUUUGAUUCAGGUGGGCCAUUAACCAAGGUUUCUCAGGCUGAUCAAAAGUUAAGAGAUUCAUCUUCCAAUUUCCCAAAGGAGGCUAUCAAAAGUAUUGAUAUCUCUGGUCUUGCUAAAGUAGGACUUUCUGAUCUGGAAUGGAGAACAUGCUUAUACUCAACUGACUGUAGCGAAAUUGGGCUUGUCCUCUUGAGAGAUCCAGAGAAUUUGCUUAGCUUGAAAAGAUUUUCAAAGCAGAAGGUCAAGAGGUUGGGAAAGGAAGCACAAGUGUUAAAAGAAAAGGAUCUGAUGAAGAGCAUAAGCCCUACAGCUCAUGUGCCACAGAUUUUAUGCACUUUUACUGAUGAAACACAUGCUGGAAUUCUGCUAAAUACUUGCCUUGCUUGUCCUUUGGCUUCAAUACUUCACUCGCCCCUUAGCGAACCAUCUGCACAGUUCUGUGUAGCCUCUAUUGUAACUGCAUUGGAAGAUUUACAUGAGAGUGGUGUUCUCUACAGAGGAGUGUCUCCUGACAUUUUAAUGUUGGAUAAAACAGGACAUUUACAGGUUGUAGAUUUCAGAUUUGGAAAGGACUUAUCUCUCGAGAGAACAUAUACAAUUUGUGGAACAGCAGAUUUUUUAGCCCCAGAAAUUGUCCAGGGAAAAGGCCACGGUCUCCCUGCUGACUGGUGGGCACUGGGAGUUCUCAUCUAUUUCAUGCUACUAGGUGAUAUGCCUUUUGGGUCUUGGAGAGAAAGCGAGCUCGACACAUUUGCCAAGAUUGCUAAAGGACAGAUAACUCUACCUCAGACUCUAAGUCCUCAUGCUGCUGAUCUCAUAACUAAGUUACUUGAAGUUGAUGAAAGUAAGAGACUAGGAAGCCAAGGUGCCAAUUCCGUUAAGAGUCAUCCUUGGUUUGAUAGUGUUGAUUGGAAAGAGAUCAGAGAUCAUAGUUUUCCUGUUCCUCAUGAGAUAAUCUCCCGGAUAGCUCAACAUUUGGAAAGUCAUCCUGAUGACUGCUCUCUUGCUCCGGUAUCCCCAUCUCAGGAUGGAGAGGAUCUUGGUGCUUCAGAUUGGCUUGAUGACUGGUAGGAGGCUAAGUUUGUGGUUACUUGUCCUCUCCGCAUUUGAGGUUUCCUAUUGAUCUAUCCUGAUUUUGGAGCCCAGGACUUAAAAUACAACUUAAAAAAAGAAAAAAAAAAAAGAUUAGCAUUAAGUCUGAUGCCUAAAUUUGCACAUACUCUGUGAAGUUUAUGCUGUGAAUUCAUAGUUGCAUUGGAAGGAUAUAUGUUUAGGUAUAUUGGGGGUUCUGCCAACUUAGACAUCUAACAAAUUCAAUGGAGAUAUCAGUUUCAGGUACAAUUUAAAAUUUUGCUUUGCUUUCGUGUAUUUUUCGGCGUCUGUAAAUAAGUAUAUAUGUAAAUGGUUGGGGGUAUGUUGGCUUUUUAGGGCUAAGAGUUUCUGGAAAACUGCUAUGUACUUGAGGCCGGUACUAAUAUGAUGGGAUUGUCCGGCUAAUACAUUACUCAUUCUUUGAUUAUGGUAGACAGCAUUGGCGGUGUUAGGUUGUUUGAGAAGCGAAAUUGGAAAUUUUGUUGGAACAUCUCAAUAAUGCUCAGUGAAUUCGUAGUCAUAUAUGCCUAUGUACUUGUACAUGUAUUAUUCCCUUCUAAUAUUCAAUAUGUCAGACGCUGUGCUAUUAUUUCUA